UUCAUCCGAUCGGCAGUCUCUUGCCAUGAUCCAAACAGAUUCGUAACUAGCUGUUAACGGUUCUGAUGGACGCCACGACCGCCGAUACGUCAUUAUUCAGUGUUCAUUCUUCCGCUUCCCAGUGGCCAUCUCGGUUGUUGUAGCUGCUACAAACCUAGUAUAGUUAUCGAGUUUGCAUGUUUUAUUUUAUUUUAUCUCCCGUUUUGAUUGAACGUACAAGUUUGAACGUGAAUUGCAAAUUAAGAAAGGACAUCAUGGCCGAUGAAAGCCCAGUGAUUCGCCAUCAUAGUUUGAGGCACUAUAAGAGCGGUGGCAAUGCAAUCAGUGAUCAUCAAUCGGAUAACCUGGUGUCAGACGAAGAGUUAAGUGUCGGCGGAACUACGCCUCCGCCACCGGAUCAGCAAUCGGGUGACGAAUUCCCAUCGCCGGAAAGUCUCAAAGACGAGCACCGCGACCUCAAUGGGAUUUCCGAGGACGACAAAGACUCGGUGGCGUCGGCUACCAACAUCAUCAAAUUCUCCAUUGACAAUAUCCUCAAUCCGGAAUUCGGAAAUCGGAUGAAUCCGGUCGAGUCGGCCGCCGCGGUGGCCUUUCACACGCACCAUCACCAGCUGAUUCAGCAGCAGCAGCAGCAGAUGAGUUCCUCGGCCAGUGCCACCACCGGCAGUUUCUUGGGAGCCUUUCAUCAGUUGCCAUUUCUGGCUGCCGCCCGCCAAAUGAUUCUGGCCGCCACGGCCGCAGCCGGCUCAUCCAUCGACUACCACCAACACCAACUGGCCGCGGCCCAUCACGCUUCUGUGGCCCAAGCCAUCACGCAUCCGCACCCACUCAACACGAUGCUGCUGGCUCACCAAGCCCAGCAGCAGCAUCAUCAUCACCUUCCGACUACCCUCAAUCUAGUCGAAAACUGCACGGACAAAUAUCUCGGUGGAAAUGUUAGCGGAAAGAGCUGGCCUCAUCAGCCAACGCCGUCUGGCGGUGGUGGUGCGCUUACCGGAAGAUCGACGUCUCAUCCUCUGAGCGCUUUGACGUCGGCAACCAUCGCCGCCAGCGCCAAGGUCAAAACUCAGCAAGUGAACAAGGUGCACCACCACCAACCGGCCGGAAGCAAAGCUAUCGAUCUGAGUGUUCGCAAUUCCGCCUCGCCGCCGGAUCCCGUCCACCGACUCACGGCCGGAAAUCUCACGGCGGCUGAGAAACAGUCAGCCUCUCAAGAGAGCCCGUCACUUCAUUCGAACAGCACCGACGAUAACUCUUCUGCUAGUCCUGUCCGAUCUGUUUCCGUUGGCGGAUCGAUUUGUUCCGUCGGCAACAACGAACUUGUUUCCGGUGGCGGAUCGAGCGCGGGAAGUGCCAAUCAACAGCAAACAUCGUCGGGGGGCAGCGGCGGCGACAAGGAAACUCUCUGGCCGGCUUGGGUUUACUGCACACGCUAUUCCGACCGCCCGUCUUCCGGAAGAAGUCCUAGGGCACGUCGGAUACGGACAAAGAAGGACCGCAAGGCUGAGGAAAAACGCCCACGGACGGCCUUCACCUCGGAGCAAUUGGCCCGGUUAAAAAGCGAGUUCACGGAGAACCGCUACUUGACGGAGAAGCGCCGCCAAGAUCUGGCGCGCGAGCUGCAACUGCACGAGAAUCAAAUCAAAAUUUGGUUCCAAAAUAAAAGGGCCAAGAUCAAAAAGGCCUCCGGACAAAAGAACCCGCUGGCGCUCCAGCUCAUGGCUCAGGGCCUGUACAAUCACUCGACAAUGGCGAUGGACGAAGACGAAGACGACGACGACGAGAUGAUGCAACAAGAAUAAUCAUUUGAAUUAAAAGGAGCCACUACGCGUUUUGACACUUGUUUGAAAAAAUAAAAUAAAAUAAAAAAAAGUCACGCAAGUCAAGAUGAUUAUUAUCUACCAUGCCAAUGAGAUGUUUGAUCGAUAAUUCAAUAUCUACAAAACGCUGGAGGCCAUCUCACCUCUCGCCGUAAACGAGCGAAAGAAUGUUGCUGGCUGUAAAAGAAACGACUGAUGACGGUCAUCAAUAAUCAUUAGCACAUGCAACAACUUAUAUGUUUCUGUUUUGGUUGUUUUUGUAUUUUUCUUUUUGUAUUUUUUAAAUUUGUCGUGGCACGUUUAUGUGUUUGUGUAAAUUAUGUGUAUAUUUUGAUUUCACUAUAGAAGAACCGCAAUAAAAACUGAAAACCAAA